UAAUGUUUAUUUCCAUAGUUGUGUUUUAUUGUAAAAGUUAAUUCUAAGCAUAGGUAGUGAAAUUAUAAGUAUUGUUGUGAUACUGCAUAUGUUGUUUUAAUCUAUAAUCAAAAUUAUAUCUUAGAUUCACUAGCAUACACAACACGAUAAAAUUGCUCUAACAUUCUAUUCUAAUUAGAUUUAUGUUGGUUUUGAAUAUUUCAGCAGAUGCUGUCUGAACUUCUACAAACAUCAAGAUGGAUCCUGCUUUGUGCCCGCUUGGUACACACGGAGUUAACUGUAGCGGAACAUGUGUCCGUGGGUUCUAUGGUAGAUUUUGUCAAUCAAAAUGUGAAUGUCCCAGUGAUGAAUGCGACAACAAAUAUGGCUGUCUAAAGGAAGAAGACACAGGGAAUGCCGGACCCCAAAACACCAACAGUCAGUGGUCAAAUGUGGCAUACAUUUUAAUAGGAUCCAUCACGACAAUGAGUGUUGUCGGUCUGCUGCUUUACUGGAAAGCGUGGUUUUCUAAAAGAAGCUCUUCAAACCUAGAGAUUGACCAGUUGAACUCCAGACCUUCAGCAAAUCAACAGGAAAAUAUGUAUGAUAGACGUAGAGACGCAUCAGCCAGUGAGACGGACGGUGAAAUAUCAAUGUUACAAGUACAACACAACUAUACUAGUCUGCAAGGUUCCAGGAUCCAACCGGAAAUGACAAGAGGGAAUGAUACCGAUACUAUGCCAUCUUCUACCGAUGCCAUCUCACCUCACGGUACAGAAAUCAGUUGUUACAAUGUCGACGAAGUGGAAUAUGAACAUUUCGAUAGAAGCACAGCAUAUCAUGUGUUGUCUCUUCGUAGACAUUUUCAUGGAUCGCUGUUGAAAUCAGUUGAAUUGUCUUCAAUGAGAGGUCACAGAUCUAAUAACAUAGAAAAUCAAAAUGAUUGUGUUAGUGUGAGUCAUGAUAAGGAUGUAUUGCUGGAGAAAGAGAGACCACUUUCAGAGGAAGAAAUUAUUCGCCAAAGUCUGAUAGAUGAAAGAAUAAAUGAGUAUAUAGAUAGAUCUCAACUAAUGAAAGAAAUGAGCAUGAAAGACGACGCUGAUAAACAUCAAUUGAAGACGACAUCAAGUGAUCUAAAUCUACCUGUAAGAAUAGGUCAUAAUACAGAAGUUUUAUAUCCGCGUGCAUAUAGUAUGGCAGACGGCAUAUGGAGUAUCGGAGAUGCACCGGAAUAUGAAGAUAUUUUGCCAAAUCUGACAAAGGAAGGUGUUGAUGCAGUCUGUUGCUCUAAACAUGGCAACGAUAAGGAUAACAAACGUUCUAAUGAAACAAAGAAUGAAACAGCUGAUGACAGUGUAAAUUCGGAUGCCAGUAUCGAUGGUGAAGAUGAUGAUCCUGUAGUUCAAAACUUUAAAACAUGGGAAGCUAUGAGUCCUCAGAGGGUAGACACUGGUGAAAUACUUCCUCCCGGGCAAUCAGACGAGUACACUCAAAUGAUGAGAAGAAAUACUGAGAAGAAAAGUGAUACUUGUGUUGAAUCCAGUACAUUAUCAGUAGAAAUGUCCAUUACAAAUGAGGAAUCGGGUGACGUGCCGCUUACAUUUUCUAUAAUGCCACUGUCGAUAUGAAACUGGACAUUGUUGCAGACAAUCUAUCGCUUUCAAUGUCUGGAGAAAACAAUGAAAACUCCGACAUUCACAUUGAAUGUAACUAAAUGGACGACUAUUUCUCGUACUCUGUGUUAGAGGAAGGUCAAGAUACAUAAUUUAUAAAUCCAGCUGAUUUUGUGCAAACGAAAGGACAAUAAAAUCACAAUGACGGUGAUGAACUUCUACAUUUAAAAUCUUAUUACUCAGCUAAUUGAGAUCAGUGAAAGGUGAACAUAAUGAAAAAUAAUCAAUCUCAUAACUCCGAUAAAGAAUACAAAACAGAGAGGUGGGCAAACACGGAACCUUGGGCACACCAGAGGUGGAAUCAUGUGCCCUUUUAUUCCACAAAUUUGCAUAUUUUUCGUCAGUUUCAUUAGUUUUGAGUUCCGGCAAUUUUUAUUGACCAUGAGUGACUUAUUUCUGAAAUAGUUUUAUUUUUCUCUCGAAUUUCAGAGGACCUGUUAAACUUCAAUUAAUUGGGAAUAAAAUACAAUGAAGCUGG